CCUCCUCGGGGGCCUUGUCGCCAUGGCCUCUGGAUCAUCCGACAGAUGAGGGUUGUCUCGUCAUCGCUGGCGGUGGCGGCGGUCGUUCGAGCCUUUCGUGGCCAUUUUCGCGAGGAUGGGGAGCGGACAGCAAGUUGCCUGCGGUCCGUCCUACUCUCCGUAUUAGAUCAUGAGCACAUAUGUAAUAAGAGGCGAACUUACGAAGCUGCAUGUCAGUGGUCUGCGACCUUCUUGGUGGAUGUCCAACAUCCGUAAGACAUAGCCCCUCUCAAGGCGGGGCCGUUCCUGGGGGUACUGCUCGUCUAAGAUUCUCGUACGACUCAUUUUUACAAGAGGCUCUUUGGCUGCUGGUUGUUAUCAAUGCGGAGAGCCAGGCGGGGCAGUUGUCACUGCAAUUCAGUCUGGAUGCGGGGUCUGAUGCGGACGUGUCGCUAUCGAGGGGUGAAGCAGAUGCCAUCGAUACUUGGAACUCCCGACACGUAUUGUUCGUAUAUGCUCAAUCGUCCUCGACCGCAAGGCGAUGGAGGGGCAUCCGCGCAAGCCAAGAUAUCGGUCGAAACUGCAUGCCGCGAUCGAAGUCUACUGGAGAUGGCGACGGCACUGGAGCUUCUAACCGCUGA